GCUGGGCCGGGCCGGCAACAGCGACCACCGGCACGGCCGCGGGGGGACGGGCAGCCAUGAGGGCCGCGCUGGUGGGGUACAGCAGCUCGGAGGAGGAGGAGGAGGAAGGGCAGCGCCGGGGCGGCGGCGCGCAGGGCCCCUGCCGGGGCAGCGCCGGCCUCUCCCGCCUGCCUGUCCCCGCCAACUUGCCGGGCGAUCCGGAGCCGGAGGAGGCCGUUCACAACGACAGCUCCCGGCAUGGCGGCCGCGUCCGCGGCUUCCCCCACGAGCGGGGCAACUGGGCCACCCACGUCUACCUGUCCUACACCGUCCAGGAGGAAUUCCUGGAGUUGCUGGAGCUCCUGCUGUCCCGUGCUCGCACCUACGUCUCCUCGCUGGCUGCCAUGGAGGAGUUCCACGUCAGCCUCUCACAGUGUGUGGUGCUGCGCUACCACUGGAUUCAGCCCUUUGUCCGCUCCCUCCGGGAGCGCCUGGCCUCCUUCCACAGGUUCUUUUGCGUGGCUGACCAAGUGAAGGUUUACACCAACCAGAACAAAACGAGGACCUUUAUUGGCUUGGAGGUCUCUGCUGGACAUUUCCAGCUGCUGGAGCUGGUCUCAGAGGUGGACCGAGUUCUGGAGGAAUUUGACCUUCCCACGUUCUACAAGGACCCGUCAUUCCAUAUCAGCUUGGCCUGGUGUGUCGGGGACCUGUCUGGCCAACUGGAAGGGCAGUGUCUGCAGGAGCUACAGGACAUCGUGGAUGGGUUUGAGGACUCGGCGCUUCUGCUGCGUGUCCAAUGGGAACAAAUCCGCUGCAAGUCAGGGAACAAAUACUUCUCCUUCCCCUUGAGGUAGGGGCCAGUGGGGCUGUGCAUUUCAGAGCCUCGAAGACCCCGAAGUUCAACCAGGGACUGUUCUCCAGCACAGCUCUGAGUGCUGCGGGCUGUCACGCUCUUGCCUGCUCAGCAUCUGUGGGUAUUCAUGGAUGGCCUCAACUCGGGCUACUUCCAAGUUUGAGUUGGUGGCUGGAGAAAAGUGUGUUUGUAGCAGAUUUUGUUCUCCCUGCUAUAUGUGCUGCAGUCAGCACUGUUGGUUCGAGCCAUCCCAUG